GGAAGCAAAGAGGAGAGAAUGUGGGAACAUGAUUCUAGUAGAAGGAUAUCAAGGUCCUGUUCCAGAUACAGAAUUUUGUCUGGACAUUCAAUGCUCUAAUAAUGGCUUCGAUUCUACUCUUUACUUUAUUGAUUUGGUUGAGUGGAAAAGACAUAUUUAGUAUUUAUGGAUACGAACAACAGUCUUCCUGCGAAAAUAAUUCGAACGAUUAUCCGUUUUCUUUUCUCUGGAAAAUCAAUAAGAAUCCGCCAUCCUAUUUUUUUGGAACUGUUCACGUUCCAUACACUAAAGUUUGGGAUUAUAUACCAGAAAAUGCAAAAGAGGCCUUUCAAUUAUCAGAUAAUGUGUAUUUCGAACUGGACUUGAAUGAUCCUUACACUAUAUCAACUUUAGCUAAGUGUCAGAUGUUACCUCAAGGAAAAAAUUUGUCAGAAAUUCUACCGUACGAUAUUUAUCAAAGACUUAAAAGAUAUUUAGAUCGCAUAAAGGAAAAUAUUCCAUCUUGGACUAAUUUUGAACAUAGAAGAAACUACAAAUCUGAUGACAAUCUAUUCAACGCUAUAACAAGAAACUGGGAACAUAAAAGACCAGUUUGGGUUAUGCUUAUGGUUAAUUCUUUAAAAGAAAACGAUGUAAAUUGGAAGGGUAUUCCCGUUUUAGAUCUUUACUUGGCUCAGCAAGCAGAAAAAAUGAAGAAGAAAAUUGGUGCUGUUGAAGAAGUCGAAGAGCAAUGUAUACCUCUUAAUGCAUUAAACUUAACGCAGGUAUUAUUCGCCCUUAAUCAAACCCUACAAAGCAUCGAUAAUGAAAACAAAGUGAAUGUUUCUCGAAACAGCGACGAUCUUAUCCAUCAUUAUAAUUGCCGCAAUUUAAACUCUAUUAUUUUCAAUCAAGACACGACUCAAUUACCUAAACUGACCAAUAUGACGUCAGAGGAUAUGGAUGUUGCACGUGACAUGGAACAUUACUUCCGGGAUGAAUUCAUUUAUAAGAGAAACAAGAAAAUAGGAGAUCGGGUCAUUCAACUUAUCCUAAAUCAUCCCAAUGAAACUUUCUUCUUCGCAUUUGGUGCAGGUCAUUUUCUGGGCAACAAUACCAUUUUGGAUUUCAUUCAAAUCGAAGGUUUUCAAGUAACCAACAUACCCUCUAAUAAAAGAAUAUUUAAACAAAGGAAAUCUGAUGAUAAAUACACGAAGGGGUUGCUGUAUGAUUGGAAACAAAGAAAUAAUCCUCGAAAGAAAAGAAUUGCCCAUAAACAACGUUACAAGAGAGUUCGAAAUGUAAUGAAGAUAAAAAAUCUCGAAAAUAAGUUUCCUAAAAAAAUAGAUGAUAAAGUUUGGUUUAAAUUAGAAACAAAAUAAUUGUAAUUUAUUUAAUUUUCUAUUAUUUAUUGAUAUAUUUUAUAUGUACUUUAACGAAUUUUUAAUCAAUUUUUUCGGUUUUAUAACUUAACAAUUAGAAUGAGUAUAAAAUUCAGAAACUUGAAUAGGAAGUUGUACAAAAAUUUUUGUGUGUUAAGACGAUAAACACUGACUAUGCAUGAGAUUAUAAGCUUAUCAAUGUUGUACACAAGUAAAUGGAGAAAAAUGUAAUUCCCAAAUCCUGUUUAUUUAUAUAGCUGGAGAUUAAACUUAGCUUGUAAAAUUUAUGCAAAAAAUGUAUGAGUAUCUUUUUAAAAAUUUUAUUUUUAUAAAGAAAGUUUAUUUCU